AGCCUCUAAACUCUAACCUACACCCAAAAAUAAAAAUAAAAAUUAAUCCACACCCAGAUUCAUGCAUCAAAUUCAUAUGUCUGUGUCUAUUUCUGAUUCAAAAGUGAGCAGGGUCGUAUAUGGAGGGUACCAAUUCCAUGGCCUCCAAAAACGAAAGCGAGAAUUCCACCGAUACUACUCCAUCAUCGCCAAAGAACAUAUACAAAGAUCCAGAUGAUGGGAGACAACGGUUUUUGCUUGAAUUGGAGUUUGUUCAGUGCCUUGCUAAUCCUACCUACAUCCAUUAUCUGGCUCAGAAUCGAUAUUUUGAGGAUGAAGCAUUCAUUGGAUACUUAAAGUAUCUUCAAUAUUGGCAACGACCUGAAUAUAUUAAAUUUAUUAUGUAUCCUCAUUGCCUCUAUUUUCUUGAACUGCUUCAGAAUGCAAAUUUUCGCAAUGCAAUGGCACAUCCUAACAAUAAGGAACUGGCGCAUAGACAACAAUUCUACUUCUGGAAGAACUAUAGGAACAAUCGGCUAAAACACAUUUUACCAAGAUCACUUCCUGAACCUAGUGCUGCUCCUGCACUUCCUGCUCCUGCUUCAACUCAAGUUGUGUCUGCACUACCACCAGUACCUGCUACAAGUGUUGCGGUGACAGCAACAUCUACUCAAGUUCAUUCUCCAAUGUAUGGUAUGCCCCCUGGCUCUGCUCUUGCCAAAAAUGAGAUGAGGAAUCCUGCCGUUGAUAGAAGGAAGAGAAAGUGAAUGCUUUAUUGUAU